ACUGGUUACUUUUGCUUGCUGGCUUCUUUCCGCUUGGCAGGCGCAGGGGGUCCCUGUGCCAUCGCGCCGCGUCGCUCGGGAUUUUUCAGCCGCACCAGUCUGAACAAAAAAUGUCGUCAGCUCUUGAAACCCUCUUUGAGUACAUUGAUAAACACCAGGAUCUCUACGUUGAGCGACUGGCCAAGUGGGUGGCAAUCCAGAGUGUAUCAGCAUGGCCAGAGAAGAGAGGAGAAAUCCAGCAGAUGAUGAAAGUUGCAGCCAAAGAUAUUGAACGGUUGGGUGGCACAACACAAUUGAUGGACAUUGGAAAACAGAAGCUACCAGAUGGUUCAGAGAUUCCUCUACCUUCAAUAAUUCUAGGCAACCUUGGCUCGGAUCCUCACAAGAAAACAGUUUGUGUUUACGGACACUUGGAUGUACAACCUGCAGCACAAGAGGAUGGCUGGGACAGUGAGCCUUUUACUCUGGUAGAAAGAGAUGGGAAAUUGUAUGGCCGAGGGUCGACAGACGACAAAGGUCCAGUGCUUGCCUGGCUGAAUGCCCUGGAGGCUUAUCAAGAAACUAAACAGGAAAUCCCAGUGAAUGUCAAGUUUUGUUUAGAAGGGAUGGAAGAAUCUGGCUCUGAAGGCCUUGAUGAGCUGAUAUUUGCACAAAAGGAUGCUUUCUUCAAAGAUGUGGACUACGUUUGCAUCUCUGAUAACUACUGGCUGGGCAAGAAGAAGCCCUGCAUUACCUAUGGCCUCCGAGGCAUCUGCUAUUAUUUCAUAGAGGUGGAAUGCAGUGACAAAGACCUUCACUCUGGAGUAUAUGGUGGGUCGGUGCAUGAAGCUAUGACAGACCUUAUCACUUUGAUGGGAUCACUAGUGGAUAAGAAAGGAAGGAUCCUGAUUCCUGGCCUCUAUGAUGUGGUGGCUCCCCUCACGAAAGAGGAGCAACACCUUUAUGAUCAAAUUGACUUUGAUCUGGAGGAGUAUGCGAAAGACGUAGGAACCACACGACUACUGCAUGAAACCAAGAAUGACAUCUUGAUGCAUCGGUGGCGAUACCCAUCCUUAUCCCUCCAUGGAAUAGAAGGAGCUUUCUCAGGUUCGGGCGCCAAAACUGUGAUUCCACGGAAAGUUAUUGGAAAAUUUUCAAUAAGACUUGUGCCAGACAUGACUCCAGAAGUUGUGACCAAGCAGGUUCAGGAUUACUUAUCCAAAAAGUUUGCUCAACUGCAGAGCCCCAAUAAAUUCAAAGUUUAUCUGGGCCACGGUGGAAAACCUUGGGUGUCAGAUUUCAAUCAUCCUCACUACAUGGCUGGCAGAAGAGCCAUGAAAACAGUAUUUGGUGUGGAGCCAGACUUGACCAGAGAAGGCGGGAGCAUUCCUGUCACGCUAACCUUCCAAGAAGCAACAGGCAAGAACGUAAUGCUGCUUCCUGUUGGAUCUGCAGAUGAUGGAGCUCAUUCUCAGAAUGAGAAACUCAACAGGUACAACUAUAUUCAAGGUGUCAAACUGUUGGGUGCGUACCUGCACGAAGUUGCCCAGCUGAAGAACUGAAUCUGAAUGUUGGUCUUGUAAAUGAAGUUGCUUUUGGGGACCUGCAAGUUCCUCCCAACAAACUUCCUUGCAACUUCAAAAACUGCACUAAUUCUCUUCCCCACUUUCUACCAGACUAACUCACACUGAGAUGCCUGGCAAAAUAUUUUUGAACUCCACUUUGAGCACCUUAUGUCGAUGGAUCUUUGUCCGAAAUUACUGAGUUCCGUUCCAGGCAGUAUUUCUGUGCUAAAAAGCCCUAAACUAUAGUUUCAAGCAGGGGGUGAGUGGGAAGGGGACCCAGAUGGAGGAAGCUGUCUAUAGAAAGGCCCUGUUUUCCCAUUGACUUUAUGUGUAGGUUGGCAGCAAAUGAUUUUGUUAAUGCCCCAUGAACUUCUCCAUGGGUUUUUUGCAAUCUUCUAGAUCAUCUUAUAUAAUUCCUAUCAUCAGAAUCUGUGGCUCAUCAGCAUCUCUUGCUGGGCAAGAACUAUGUGUUUGUUUUCACAAGUUCGUACAAGACAACAAAGUCCUCUUGGAAAGUUUUGAAACUGGAAGAUGGGAACAGGGUGAGGAAGAGGCCAAAUGACGUCUCCAUUUCCCCCCCUCACUGGGCUUGCUAUCUUGCUAUGUCUCUUUAGACAGCUGUGCCUCUUGGCAGUUUCUGCAGACCUUGUUGACAUUGAGUAUUCCAGCUUAUUCGUGACAAGCUGGUAUUUUUCUAAAGCAUCCUUUGUAUUCCAUAUGGGAAGCUGCUAAAUUAUAAUUAAAAGAAAUCUGGCUCUAACAA